GAACAACAACAACAACAACAACAACAACAACAACAAAUUCAACAGUUUUCGACCGAAUCUCAACAACCAAAUGCUCAACCUGCAGAGACGGUAAUAGAAGAGCAUCCUGAAGACGCGGCAUAUGAGCCUGAGUCGUAUCAACCUGAGUUACCUGCUUCAACAGAACAACAACAGCAAGGAAAAACAGCUGACCAUACCAACCUAUCAGCCGAACCUUCGAGCAUUACUGACCAAGAGAAUGUGGAAAUGCAAGAACAGCAGAUUGAGCCUGCUGGAGUGGAUGAUGAACGAAAAGCUGAUAACCAGGCAGAAAUCAACGAGGAGCUAUUUCAACAACAACAUUCCGAAGCUAUGGAGACAGAACAACAACAAGAUCAACAGGCUAAUACUGAGAAUGAAGGUAGCGCUGUUGAGCCUGAACCUACACCCAUGGAGGUAAAUGACGACGAAGGACAAAAGAAUGACUUCAGCGCACCUGCUUCGUGGCAAAUUCCAAUUGCUGCCUUAACACAACAGACGCAACUUCAAGCUGUACCUACACCAUCAUCAGUGCAACAGCAACAAACAGCAACUAUAACGCCUUCUGAACCUAAGGAAAGCCAACCGCAAAACCAAUUAGACUCAGUGAACCCUGCUACUGUUAAAUCCAUCUCUAAGCGAGAGAAAUUAGAAGCCCUUAUUAGAGAAAACAAAUAUGAUAUUGAGGCCUGGACAAGUUUAAUAAACGAUGUUCAACAAACUGGCGAUUUAGACAUUAUUCGUGAUGUUUAUGAACGUGUAUUGAAAGUCUUCCCUAUUUCGGUAAGUUCC